CGGGCUGUGCCGCUGGGGCUCCCCCGGGGCCGGGCCUGGCGUGCCCCGAGUACACCUCACACAAACUGUGCUCGGGCAAUGCAGUACCGAGGAGCUGGCAUUGGAUGGGAGCUGUACAUUUUUAACUCUGCUAGCGUGGAAACAGUUCCUUAUUCCUGGGAAUAGUUUAUGAAAGCAGAACAUCUCUGGUGAUUAUGAUAACCCAAAGGUUCCAGUGCCCUGCCCUGCCAACCACAGCCCAGAUUUUCCUAUGAGGAAACAAUUUAGAGGACAGCAAAUAUCUGACUGUAUCUGGCCUAGAGUGUGAGGUGUAAGCAGAAAUUCUAAUUCCCAGAACAGGAAACAGAGCCUUUGGAAGAGAAAUGCUAAUUGCAAAGUCCCUUAAAACAACAACAAAAAAUUAGGGAAAUGAGUAUCACAAACCUUUACAGAUGCAGAGACUGUCUGCAGGGAUCUGCUGCCUCAUUUGGAGGAGACCCAGGGUGAAGGCACAGAGCCGACAGAGUCUCUGUGGACUUCUUUUGCUGAUGGCACAGUCAGACUGAGAAUAGAUAACUCAUGCCCACAGACUCCCAUAACAGUUCAUCAGAUGUUCAAGGAGAGCCUGGAAAAAUACGGAUCCCUUAAUGCUUUGGCCAGCAAAAAGAAUGGAAAAUGGGAGAAAAUAACUUUUUCAGAGUAUUAUUGCCUCUCUAGGAAAGCAGCCAAGAGCUUCUUGAAGCUUGGUCUUGAAAGAUUCCAUAGCGUAGCAAUCCUUGGAUUUAAUUCUCCAGAAUGGUUCAUCUCAGCUGUUGGAGCUAUUUUUGCUGGAGGAAUUGUCACAGGAAUAUAUACAACCAAUUCUCCAGAGGCCUGUCACUAUAUUGCCCAUGACAGCAGGACUGAUGUCAUGGUCGUGGAAAAUCAGAAACAGCUGGACAAGAUAAUGCAGAUCUGGAAUCGGUUGCCCCACUUGAAGGCUGUGGUGCUGUAUAAGGACUCCAUUGCAGAGACACAUCCAAAUUUGUACACGAUGGAAGAGUUUCUGGAGCUGGGAGGUGACGUCUCUGACAGCACUUUGGAUGACAUUAUUAACUCCCAAAAGCCGAAUCAGUGCUGUGUUCUGAUAUACACCUCUGGAACAACUGGGAAGCCAAAAGGAGCCAUGCUGAGUCAUGACAACAUAACUUGGACAUCAGCCCAUUGCAGCAGAGCAGGAGGUAUGCAACCUGCAGAGGUCCAGCAGGAGUCUAUAGUCAGUUAUCUCCCACUCAGCCACAUAGCUGCACAGAUCUAUGACCUAUGGACUGGAAUCAAAUGGGGAGAGCAAGUUUACUUUGCUGAGCCAGAUGCUCUAAAGGGCAGCUUGAUCAACACACUAAAAGAAGUGCAGCCAACAUCUCACAUGGGAGUUCCCCGAGUAUGGGAGAAAAUCAUGGAGAAGUUAAAGGAUGUUUCUGCUCAGUCAGGAUUUAUAAAGAAGAAAAUGCUUUCCUGGGCUAUGUCACUUAGCUUAGAGAGGAACCUGAACGGCUCAAACAGCAGUGAUCUAAAGCAGCUCUGGACAAGAUUAGCAGACUACUUAGUGCUUGCGAAAAUCCGUAGUGCACUGGGGCUUUCUUUCUGUCAGAAGCACUUUUCUGGUGCUGCUCCUCUCAAUACAGAAACACUGUACUUCUUCUUGGGUCUGAACAUCACUCUCUAUGAGGCCUAUGGGAUGAGUGAGACCACAGGCCCACAUUGCCUUUCUGGGCCUUACAUUUACAGGCAGCACAGCUGUGGUAAACCAGCACCUGGAUGCAGAGUGAAACUGGUGGACAAAGAUACAGAAGGCAAUGGAGAAAUCUGUUUCUGGGGAAGGACUGUUUUCAUGGGUUAUUUAAAUAUGGAAGACAGAACAAAAGAAGCCUUUGAUGAGGAGGGGUGGCUGCAUUCUGGAGAUUUAGGAAAGCUAGACAAGGAUGGCUUUCUCUAUGUCACUGGAAGAAUUAAAGAUUUGAUUAUUACAGCUGGAGGUGAAAACGUGCCUCCAAUUCCAAUUGAAGAUGCUAUUAAAAAAGAACUUCCAAUUGUUAGUAAUGCUAUGGUGAUUGGAGAUAAGAAGAAGUUUUUGUCAAUGUUCCUGACCCUAAAGAGUGUGCUGGACCCAGAUACAUCUGAUCCUACUGACAUUCUCACAGAGCAAGCCAGAGACUUCUGCCAGAGGAGUGGUAGUAAAGCCACCAAAGUGUCCGAGAUUGUAGCUACAAGAGACCAGGCGACCUACAGAGCCAUCCAGGAGGGAAUUGACAGAGUCAACAGCACUGCUACCAACAGGGUUCACUGCAUUCAGAAAUGGAUCAUCCUGCCAAGAGAUUUUUCCAUUUCUGGGGGAGAACUAGGUCCCACAAUGAAGCUGAAGCGGCUCGCUGUGCUCGAGAAAUACCGAAAUGAAGUAGACUCCUUCUAUAAAGAAUAAAAAGUGUUUCCUCCAAGCAUUAAGAAAGAUCUGUGAACAAAAGGAAGUAUUUUCUCAUCAAAAGCAUUAACAAAGAUUUAUGCUUUAAGUUUGCAGUCUAUUGAACCAAACCACUAGAAAGCUGCUGUCAGUUUAGUUGUUCUUGAUACUCACCUUAUCAUUUGUCCUCUUUUUACAGAAGCAUCUACAGUGUGUCCAUUGUCUAAUACUGCUUUUACUUUAUGACCUUAAUGACUAAAACAUCUUUCUGUGUUAUAUAAAGCAGAUAUAACUAAUUCCUCUAGACUGAAACAUAACAAGUUUUUUGUAGUCUUCCUUUAUUUUCUUUUCUUUUGUUCUACAGGAUGUUUCCUGUAGCUCAUGAUAUAUUUUGCUAGAUAGCAGUACUGCUUAAUGAAACUGUCAUACCACUCCAGUGAGAUUAAAAAAAAAUAAAUUAAAAAAUCAAAAGGGCUGGGAAUUUCUUUCCCUUCCCAGAGAACACUUUCUUUUUCACUAACACAUUUCAGAACCUGAAGACAUUCUUGUUUCUAUAAUGCCUAGAAUUCAGACUUCUGUGAACACAGCAGUUUGCUUCUUAAGUCCAUGUUGGAAUAUGCAUUACUAUUUCUUAUAAAAACAAAUAAUCAGAAGAAGUAGGGGAACAGCUCCCUAAGACUGAAAGGCAUGAAGGAAUAAUGACAGGAGCUCUCACAUUUAAAUGCUAUUACAGAAACUUCUUUAAAAUUGUUUUGUGCUUUUCUUUGAGCAGUGUUCAUCAGUGUGUAUCUGCAUGUUUCAGUAUUCACAUUGCACUAAUCCUGACAAAUGUGGGCUGUAUUUCUUAACUAUAUGCAAAAUAAAUCAUAUUAUGAGAAGGAAAUGCUUGGCACCAAGUUGUCUAAAGGGUGUGUUGUAAGUGAUCACUGGCAGACAGCUCUAGUAGCUCACACAGGUAAGGCAGGCCACAGCCUGUUACUGAGACGAAGAAAUGAUGGAGAAUAGGAUAAGGUUUCCAUAAAAGUUUCAUUACCAAUCUCACACAUCUUACAGACCUAAGAUUUCUUGCAAGUGCCAAUAAUCAGCUCAAUAUAUAAGACAAAGCAGCAGCCUAGGAUUAUAAAAACAAAACGAGCACUAGGACUUUGAAAAGUUUAUUCUUCCCCAUUUUGUGCGCAAUGGUAAUUCAGAAUUUCUUUAACAAUAUUAAUCUGAAGGAAACAAGGAAGCAGCAGCUGGGAAAACACAGAAAGAAAUGUUGCCCUAUUCACAAAAAGCUGAGUGUGAGAGGAAUAAAUCUCCUCCAGCUUGUCGUUAGACUGUAUAAAAAAGCUGGGAUGCUUACUUUAGAGAGUACCACAAAAAGUUGUUACUCCAAAGUUGUUUUACUUCUGAAACAACCAGCCCUAAACAGUCGUAAUAGAUAUUACUCCACUUAGUUACUUUCUAUGAAUAGAAUGAAGCUGUAAGAAGCCUGCUUCUGGCAGGAGGGAUAAUACUGUGCUAUACUAACGAGUUUGAAAAUACAUAUUUACUUGUCAGGUGCAGGAAUGGAAGCAAUACCUCGAUAGUUACAGAUCAGAAUGACUCGAGUGACAAUCUGCAUCUGAUGGGGAGAGGAAGGGAGGGCAACGAGUUGCUUUUGCACCCAUGAAGCUUAGUAAGCAAGGAAAAAAUAGAUUCAGAUCCCCUUGAAUAGGGAUGAAAUGUAUUUCUGGAACAUAGACACCAGAGCCAAACCGCUGAUCUGUCUUAAUCCAUUUAGGACUUGUCUCUUACAUCCAGAGAUUCUAGAAUAAAAUUAUUAGUCAAUACAGCAAGACACACUGAACACACUGUGCAGAAACUACAACACAAAAAGCAUUCUAGCUGAAGUAAUGAAAUAUUUAGUGUAGAUUUGCAAAGUUAAUACUUUUCCCUCACAAUAUAUGGUGGAAGUAAUUUUGUAUUCUUUUCCCUCAUUAGAACUCUAUUGUAAAGUGUGUUUCAGAGAGGAAAACUUGGAAGAAUUAUUUUGGUAUAUAGAUUUGAAAAAUAACUUUACUUCAGCAUUAAUUUUCACCCCUUGUUAAUGGUUGUAGUUUUUUUUUUAAAUACAGAAAUAGAUUAAAUCUCUAGAAUUUUGUAUUUCUUAAUUAAUGCUUUUUGUGGGCAGGGCUAUAUUUCAUGAAUCACCAGAGUAUUAAAGUGGUUUUCUUGUUGCUUCUAACACAAAAUUGCUAUUUUAAGUUAUUUUAUACCCGUUUCUGUUCAUGAAGAUCAUCUUGUGCUACUCCUAGUCUGAAAACCUCUCUUUUUAAUUUCAACAAGAUCAAUAAAGUAGGUCUUAAACAUUAAGGUGCAUUUAUAUUUCACUAAUCUGUUACUGGUUUGUUUGCAUAACUUUUUAUGUGGAAAGUAAAAUCCUCUAAUUGAAAUGGAAAAUAUUAGACAGUUACAGUGCCAAUAAAGGAAUUCACUUACAUUAAAAUGUUCACCAGAUAGAAAAAAAAAUAAAUAAAACAAAGCACUUGGAAAAGUCCACCGAAAGCAGGCACAAGCAUCAUUUGUAGCCAUUUGGACUAGAUUUAUUAAUGGAGAGGCCUCAGCUAAAAAGUUUGCUCAAGAGAUAAGCAAACCCUAUGCAUGUGGAUAUCAGGUUACAUAUGUUGUACUCUGUGACAUGUCCUUCCAGAGUCCUCAGCAGGAGGAAGAGGAGGAGGAGGUUUAGUCUUUGUCCUGUACUCGGCGGCAGAUCUCCUCUGUGAAUUCUGAACACUUAGCAUUGCCUCCCAAGUCUUUUGUCAAGACCUGAAAGAAAGAAAGAAGAAAUAUAGUUAGUGUUACUGAAAUGUAUUAUGGGGCCAGUCUUGUCUCUGAACAAUUCUGGAUGUUCUCAUGAUAUGUUGUCUAUAGAUGGUAAAUAAGGUGAGCAGGAAUACAUCAAGUUUUAGUUCUGCACCCCAUAAGAAACUUCGUCAAAAAGGACUGUGCAGGGAGAGAAAACCUGAGUAUACAUGAAGUACUUAAAAUGUUACCAGAUUUGAACGUGAUUUUAACAUGAUUUUAUCCUAACUACAGGAAUAAAGUGUGUGUGGUCAAAGCUCUACGAAGUGCUUUAAAUGGUGUAAUUAAUGAUUAAGUAUUUACAUCUUCAGUAAGAAGUUUGUGCUUUGGAAGUAAAAUUCAUAUAUGAAGGCUCAGCACAAGGACAACUAAUUGAGAGUAAUUCAGAAAAACUGGGUCUUUUUUUAAAUGAAACCCAUGCAGAACAAGCACACAACUCUUAAUGCUGCAUGUUAACAAUUCUCAAAUUUGCUUGUUUAUUUAAGAGAGAGGAAAUGUAGAGUUCAAAGACUCUUUCAUCAAGUGCAACUACUGUCUGGCAUCAUGAAGACAGUACAAUAAAAAUAAAAAAGUGGGUAACAUUACUAGCUAGAUUAAAGCACUCUGGGAGUACUAGCUAGAUUAAAGCACUCUGGGAGAUAAUUAAAAUAUUAGUUUCCCUCCCAUACACACGUAUCUUAAUUAACGUGUUGAGGGGAAGGGAGGAAUAACAAGCAAGAGAAGCAAUCAUGGUUACUACUAUAGGACCUUGUAAUUUAAAAUCGCAUUUAUGGGGCUUUUCAGUUAAAAAGACUGUAUCCAUUGUGAGCAUAUAAUUGUAACAUUGUAAGUAGCCAUGUCACAAAACUUGUACUGUUAUUUUCCAUGGCAUUACUGACCUACAGAUGGAGGAUAUCAUUCCCAGAGCAGUAAAUGGGAACUUUUCAGGAGUACCUCUUUAUUCAGUUGUAAGUUUACAUUUUUUUAACUGGCUCCUACAUACAGCAAGAUAGCUGCAAACUUACAAAAUGAUGGCAACUUUUGGUUUCAGCAUUCCUGUUACUUUUAAUUACAAUGCAGCUUCUCAUGGUCCUGCCUAAAAUAAAUGAACCAGCGCAUGACUAGCUAAUCCUCUUUAACUGCAAUCUUCAAAAUCUUUCCAACUAUGUUUUCAAGAGAUGGACAUGAAUUUAGAAGAGUGAACCAAUAAUGGUAAAACCACAAAUUUGUCAGGUUUCAGAGCAUAAGCCUCCUCUCCCCCCAGUAUCCCAUCUGAGUCAUUAAUCUGAAUACACUCUCUUCCAAAGAGAAACAUAUACAAUCCUCAGAGAAAAAAGUUAAUGCUGGAUAAAAACUGUUCUUUUUUAGUCAAAAAUGAGUGAAAGCAGUAAGAAUGAAAAAAGAAAAUAAUUAAGCUGAAAAAGCAGAAACAGAAGUAUUACAGUCAGUACUUAAAUGCUAUAAACAAACUGGAUGAUGAAGUCUGUGAAAGGGAAAUGAGUGUCCUUCACUUCAGGAUGCAGAUUUCAAUAUGUAUGCUUCAUAGGUUUCAUAAAUUUUAUAAGUGAAAUGCCAAGAGUUACUCGAAACUCUGAUCCCCUUCUUGAAAAACAGACAUCCAGUUCACUAUUCUAGAGUUUAUAAGCUGUAGAAAUCUAAGACAAGCAUUGCUGAGACAAAAGGAAUGCUACAGCCUGUCCCCUUAUUACUGCAGGGCAUAUUUAAUAUCACCAAAGAUAAUAUAAUUACUGUCAGAGAAGGACAGUGGCACUGCUCAUGGAACAGGCCAGCUCAGCAGGCCAUUCCCCGCCUGGUGUGAAUCUUCCAUGUUAAUUUUUGCUUUGAUACGAUAUUAUUUUAAUUCAGUGCAUUUAUUUGCACAGCCUCAUGUUACCUUUCCAUCUUUAAUGGUAUCGAAGCAAGCUGACUCAAUCUUUUUGGCAUGUUUGUGCAUUCCCAUGUGGCGCAGCAUCAUCACAGCACUCAGAAGGAGGGCAGUUGGAUUUGCCAUGUCUUUCCCUGCAAUGUCUGGUGCUGUUCCAUGAA